AUGGUUGAGAUUAUUGUUGCUCGUGUGGUGUCUCAGCUUGCCAACCUACUCAUCCAAGAAGCUGUUUCCUUGGCCGGUGUGCGUGAUCAGAUCGAAUGGGUGAGAACACAACUCCAGCUACUGCAAGGUUUCCUCAAAGAUGCAGAUUCCAGAAGGAAGAGAGGAGACGCAAGAAUGGAGAGCUGGAUAAGUGGGAUAAGACGUGCAGCCUAUGAAAUGGAAGACGUCAUAGACACCAUCCACUACAUGCUCGAGAGGCGACACCAAAGGAGAGGCUGCAUCGACUCCAUUUCAAGGUACUCUCACAAACCAUGUGAAUUGAUAACCCUCCAUAAAAUUAGUUCCAGAAUUGAGCAAAUAAAGGUCAACAUUCAGAGCAUUUCGGAUAGCAGAGAUAGAUAUGGCAUUGCUAAUCUAGGUGAAAGCAGUGGAGUGGACGACGGUUUGCAAGCACUGAGACAAUUCCCUCCUCAUUUCUACGACGACACUGAUGUCAUAGGCUUUGAGGAUGAUAAGGAAAAAUUAGUGAAACUAUUAGUCGAUCCGGAGAACAAAAACCGCAGCGUAAUUUCUAUAGUGGGUAUGGGUGGGCUUGGCAAGACCACCCUGGCGAGAAAAGUGCACAAUGACCCUGCAAUUAGAGAACGUUUUGGUACCUUCGCUUGGGUUUCGGUUUCUCAAAAUUACCAAGUUAUUGAGCUAUUGAAGGACAUCAUGAAAAAAGUAAUGGAAAUCACAAAGCAAAAAGAUACAAAUACACGAAUUACACUAGAAGCAUUAGAGCAGAUGGGUGAAGAAGAAGCGACAGAGCACCUCCGCAAUUUGCUAAAGGACAAAAGGUAUUUGGUUGUGAUGGAUGAUGUAUGGAGUGUUGAUGUUUGGAGACAAAUGCAUCACAUCUUUCCUAAUGGAAACAACGGUAGCAGAAUACUGUUCACCACCCGUAAUAUUGGAGUUGCAAAACAUGCCGAACCAGGGAUUCCUCCACAUGAACUGCACCUUUUGAACGAAACACAGAGUAUGGAACUCUUUCGUAGGAAGGCAUUCCCACCAAAUCAAGAUAUUCCAACUGAGUUGGAGGAAUUGGCCCAGAAGCUUGCAAAGAGGUGUGGCGGACUUCCUCUUGCACUUGUAGUGUUAGGGGGCCUUAUGUCGAGGAAAGAUCCUAGCUACGAUACGUGGUCGAGAGUAUCUCAGAGCAAGGACUGGGACUCUACUAGCGAUGGGCAGGAAUGCCUCCAUAUCUUGGGUUUAAGCUACAAGGACCUGCCAUAUCCGUUAAAACCAUGUUUUCUGUACAUUGCUGCGUUCCCGGAGGACUCAAAUAUCUCUGCAUCCAAACUAAUUAGGUUGUGGAUCGCCGAAGGUCUUAUACCACAAGAGCAGACACAGACAAUGGAAGACAGGGCAAGGGACUGGUUGGAUGAAUUGGUCCAGAGGUGCAUGAUCCAAGUUGUCGAGAGAAGCAUGGCUCAUGGGCGGAUUGAGAGCAUACGCAUCCAUGAUAUAUUACGUGAUUUUGGCCUAUCAGAAGCUAGAAAGGAUGGAUUUCUUCAUAUUUGCAGUAGUGGCAUGGCUGUAUCUGAUGGUAUAUCAUGUCAUCGUGCAGCUUUCCACAAUCGCAUUAGUGAUGAGGUUGUUGUUUCCUCACCAUAUCUCCGCACUUUGCUGGGCUUCAAGUUAGUUUUGAAAGAUGGUACCGCGGGAAGAGUUUUGAAUGGGUUAAAGUUAGUAAGGGUGCUGGAUCUGGAGGGCGCAAGAGAUUUGAAGAUGUUACCAAAACAGAUUGGCAACAUGAUUCAUCUAAGAUACCUCGGACUGAGACGCACUGGUUUGAUAAGACUUCCAUCCUCCAUAGCACAUCUCCUGAAUUUGCAGACUCUGGAUGCGAGGGAAACAGCCAUUUGUUGGCUUCCCAAAUCAUUUUGGAAAAUCCGGACGCUGAGGCACGUUUAUAUUAACAUACUUGCGUUUCUAAGGGCACCGAUAAGUGGUGAUCACAAGAACUUGCAGACUCUGCAAGUUGUGGACUAUGAAGGUAAUAUAAAUGUCUUCAGUUUGUUCGGCCAUAUUCCGACCAUAAGAUUCAUCAAAAAUUUGGUUACUACACAAGGAUCUACUGAGGCGGCGAUGGAGAAAACAUAUGACAGAAUGCUUGGGAAGUCAUUUGGAGAAGCAUUCGAGAAAAUGGACGGUCUAAUCUCCUUGACCCUGGAUGUUUCUCUUAUCCCCGGGGACAUCCUUUUUGCUCAGGCACCAAACUUGCAGCACCUUCGUUCGUUGAAUCUGUUUGGACGGUUGUUGCUCAAACAGCAGCAGCUCCCAGACAGCAGUCUAUUUCCACCAAACCUCACCAAGCUCAUAUUAUCUUAUUCUGAGUUUGAACUAGACCCAAUGCCAGUUCUGGAGAAGCUCGAAAACGUCAGGCUUCUUGCACUGAAAAGAAAUGCAUAUGUAGGGAAGUGCUUGUUGUGUUCUGCUGGUGGCUUUCUUCGACUGCAACACUUGAUAUUAUCAGUACUUGAUUAUUUAGAGGAAUGGAGAGUGGAGAUUGGGGCGAUGCCCCGCCUCACCCACUUAACCAUCGAUUGGUGCACCGAAUUGGAGAUGCUUCCCGGGGGAUUGCAGCAUGUGACCAUGCUGCGGGAAGUGAAGUUGAUUGGUAUGCCUCGUCAGUUCAAUGACAGGGUCAGACAGGAAGACGGGUACAAGGUCCAACACGUUUCCUCCAUUAUUUUUGAAAAUGAGCGCCAUUGA